ACCACGUUCUUAAUCAUACAUCUGGUUUGCAAAAUGCUUUGGCCAACCUCAGAGAAGAAAAUCCUUUGCUAAUGGCUGACUGGGAUGAAUGUCUGAAAUGGAUUGCUAUGUCAGCACCUGAGACUGAACCUGGCCAGGAGCAGUUGUAUCACUAUCUGUCUUUUGGCUGGCUUUGUGGUGGAAUAAUCGAGCAUGCCUCUGGGAAGAAAUUUCAGGAGAUCCUUGAAGAAGCAAUAGUUCGACCUCUCAACAUUGAAGGCGAGCUAUAUGUUGGAAUUCCUCCAGGUGCGGAAUCUCGACUAGCGUCUCUGACAUUAGAUGAAGAAGAUUUUAGCAAGCUCUCAAAAAUUGCUAGUCGUCCUGAGCUUCCCUCCACCUUCCAGCCAGAGAACAUUUCCCAACUAGUAACUGCAGUGCCUGCUUUGUUUAACAUGCUGAACGUUCGUCGCGCCAUUAUACCAGGUGCUAACGGACAUUGCUCAGCUCGUGCUCUUGCACGCUACUAUGCAGCUCUUGUUGAUGGAGGCCUGGUCCCACCACCUCAUUCCUCUUUGUCCAAGCCACCCCUUGGUACCCACCCACACAUUCUCAAAUUUCCUUCAGAGAUUACCUCCAAAAAGCAGAAAGGUAAAAAGAGUAAGGCAGCGGGUUCUACUUCAAAGAAAAAAGGAAAUGGUUAUGAGCUCAAGAUGAAUCACAGUAAAGAUUUCAAGGAUGGUGGAGAAAGUAACAGUGAUGGGUAUACCAGGCUUGCUAAUGAUAGCGCUGGUGGCAGCUGCAGUGAUGCUAGUCCACCCAAAGGCUUUGCAGCCAGUGAAAACCCUCGCCAAAAUAAUGCCAUCAGGAUUUUUAAUAACCCAGAAUUCAUGAUGAGUUCAUGGGCGUGGGUGAAUACAGGAAUCUAGUACUGCCAAAUGGGAAAUUCGGAUUAGGUUUUAGGAGAUUUAGUUCAAGUGAUGGAUCCUUUUAUGGAUUUGGGCACUCAGGUAUGGGUGGAUCCACAGGUUUUUGUGAUAUUACUGAAUACAAUCAUGUCAACAGGAAAUUUUUCAUUUUAGUUUAUAAACUUACAAGCUGCUUUUGCUCCUUUUCACACUUAGAUACAUUUGCUUUAUGCAUUUUAGUCUCUCA